AUGUUGUUACUACAACAAAUGAGAGUUCUGAACUGUGAAGCCUUUACUGGGUUCCAGGAUGCUGCUGUCAAGAAUUUUCAAACCUGCUCGGUCUGCUUCAUGGAUUCCCAAGCAGAAGUUUUGAAAAGUUCAAGCUCAAAACAGAACUCGAAAUUCAAAAAAAGCAUACCGCUCCAGGUGCAUCCCCGAGGAGAUGCUGUCCGCUCCAAGCUGAUCUACACUUUCUACCUGAUCGACCAACUGAAGGGGCUCAGCCAUGCCGUCCCACACCACGAUAUCUGCAGUUUCCUGGACAACAAGAAACUGAAGAAGCUGAUGCUCACGGACCACAACCAGCUGGUCCGUUUCAACGUGAUGCCCAUCCGGAACAUUUUGAUCACCCAAGAGAAACGCUGGCGCAAUCGCAUCAGGGCGCGCUGCAGCCGCUUCCCCCCCUUCCACAUGUGGGUUUAUUGGCUCCUGAGCAGCAAAGUCUUCAAAGGCUUCAUCAUUUUCCUCAUCUGCUUGAACAUGGUGGUCCUCAUGAUGAUCACGGAGAUAGCCGAGAACACAGAGGAGCACUUUGAAAUCAUGAAGAUGGUCUUGGAGGUGACUGUCUGGGUGAUUCUCCUCAUCUUUUUCAUCGAGAUCGGGCUAAACUGGGUGCUUGGCUUUCAGAAGUACUGGAGAAAUCCCUGGAACGUCUUUGACUUUACUAUCACAAUGGUUUCUUUCAUCCCCGAAUUUGCUUUCUUCACCAAGAGGGCCUACAGGUUGACCAGCCAACGGAUCAUCCUGAUUUUCCGCGUCCUGCGCUGCUUAAAGCUCUUCCCCAGAAUCGGUCAAGUCCGGGUCAUUAUCAUGGCCAUUGCCAAAGCGCUGAGGGCCAUGGCUUUCAUCCUGCUUCUCCUCGUCUUCUUCUUUUAUGUCUUUGCAGUGGCAGGGAUUUUCUUCUUUGAGAGCUACACUCGCUCAGACAGGGAUGACCUCGAAUACAACAUGUAUUUCAAAGACAUGCCCAACGCUUUGGUGACCAUCUUCAUUCUCUUCACCAUGGACCAUUGGUACGCUCUGCUUCAAGACGCGUGGAAGAUUCCAGGGAUCAACAAAUUCGUCACAGGUAUGUUUAUCAUCUUGUGGCUCCUCAUUGGCGCAUUCAUCUUCAGGAACCUCUUCGUGGCCAUCAUGGUGGCGAAUUUCCAAAACAUUCGGAAUGACCUGGUUGAGGAAAUGAAGCAGAUCGAGGUGCAAAAGCAAGCGGACAAGUUCAAAAUGGAAAUUAUAGAAAACAAAUACACAAACUCCCAGAUAUUUGGGUCGCAGGAAAAAACGGGCUUAACAAAAAGCAUAGCGUCCUCAGAGGCCCCGGAGGACACCUUGCACGAAUUCAGCAGCGGGGGCUUGGACUGGGAGAGUUACGUCUACAAGAACUUGCCCGGUCUUUAUCAGGCUGUUGACGAUGAGCAAGUGGUAUGGCCUCGUGACACCCUCUUCCGCUACUUUGAGCUUAUGGAGAAGCUUCAGUACAACCUUGAGGAACGCCAGCAACUGCAACAUUAUGCCGCACUGGCUCUAGCAAACCUGGAGGACAAAUAG